AUGCGCCAACGAGGAACAUUUCAUUGUGAUGACUCGUCGACACACAUACAGGAUGAAAAGCCGUUGACCAUGAUGGAACUAAGCGUGGGAAAAGUUUAUGAUUUCGACUUCAAGUAUGGCCACAAAAUAACCUGGGAUCUCCACGAAGAUCUAGUGGCCAUAGAUCGAAGUAUGAUGCAAAGCCCAAAACGUAACCGUCAUCGGUUCAAAAAGCGGCGGAAGUACCCAAAGUUUCGCUUUGUCCCAAGUCUCGAGGAUAUUCAAGAGAACGAACUGUUCGAAACACAAUUAGAGAAUGUAAAGAUGAAGUUAAACAAAGACUUGGCUACCGUUCACGAAGAACGAGCUUUGAGUUGUGGUACUCCUGGACUGCCAGUAGAGGAUGGAAGGCGAUAUCGUUAUAAAAGACACGCAAAGACUUCUACUGGAUCCUUCUAA